GCUUUUCGCAAAAAAGAAACUGAAUUAGUUUCUCUGUCAGUUAAAUUGUUCGAUAAUCGUAACGAUCUAAAAAUAGACUGUCGCAAAGUAACAAUCAAAUUAAAGAUCGACUAUCGUCUUAGUUAAUCGAACUGUUCAACUUCGAGACUCGAAAACUUUUGAAAAGUUUCGAUUAUGCGCAUUUGAGUGACAUUUAAUUUCUGUCUUCAUGUUAGACGAAAACUUUUGUCUUGUUAAUCAUUUGUCUUUGUUUGUUAAUUGUUGUAACUUCUCGCGAAAGUGAAAUUAAAUGGGAACAAUUAAAAGUGUUGGCCUGAUACUAGGAACGGAUAGAACCAUGAAAACAAAUGGAACCAUGAAGACAGUUCUCUGUCAUUUUCUUUCUUUUCUUCUCUGUCUCUAAAUUUAGGUUUUCUAUUUGGAUUUUAGAAAGAGAAAGAGAGAGAUAUUUUUUCGUUGGAUUGGAAGAAAAGAGAAAAGAAAAACCAAAAUCUUCUAAAACUCUUUAUAGUUAGAAGAAUCUUUUUUUCCAUAGUUGUUUCCCUUUCCAUGUUAUAGAUGAAUUAGUGAAAAGGAUGAGGUGAAACAAUGAAGAAUGAAGAAAGAAUCGAUCAAUUAUUCCCAACAGGUAACACAACAGCAACAGCAACAACAGCAGCAACUACAACAACAACAACGACAACAACAGUACCAACAACAGAACAGUUAUAAACUUGACCCUCAAGUUCAGCGACAAAUUCAACCCAAUAGUGAAUUUGAAUUGGACAAUAACAAUGUCGCUGGUGGUGGUGGUGGAUCGACGAUUCCAUCGGUAACUGGAGGUGGAAGAUUUGAUUUUGAUGAUGGAGGUGUUUAUGUCGGCGGAUGGCAAGACGGUAAAGCUCAUGGUCACGGAAUUUGUACAGGACCUAAAGGACAAGGUGAAUAUAGUGGAUCGUUUAAUUUUGGCUUUGAAGUUUGUGGCAUUUAUAAAUGGCCCAGUGGGGCCAUUUACGAAGGACAAUGGUUAAAUGGUAAACGACAUGGAUUAGGUGUUGAAUUUCGUGGUAAAUGGGUUUACAAAGGUGAAUGGUCAGCGGGUUAUAAAGGUCGUUAUGGUGUUCGAGCGUCUCUCUUAUCGGCUGCUAAAUAUGAGGGCACUUGGGCCAAUGGAUUACAAGAUGGCUAUGGAUCGGAAACCUAUGCUGAUACUGGAACUUAUCAAGGUCAAUGGCUUCGUGGUAUGCGACAUGGUUAUGGUGUCCGUGAAUCAGCGCCUUAUGGCCAUUCAAAUGUUACCAAAGCGGUGAUGAUGAAAAAUUCAGCAAAUGUCUCCAUGCAAUCACUUGAUACCGAAGGUGAAUCAAGUUUAAUUGAUGCUCAAGGUAAAAGGGAUUCAGCUAUGCGAGGUGGAUUUGUUUUGGUGAUUAAAUCGAGUGUAGGAGCACCAAGGUCAGGGUCAGCACCUCCAGGAACACGGAAACGAGGAAACUCUUUGGAGAAAAAGACGGGAUUUUUCAAGGGAAUUUUGAAAAAGCAAAAAUCUACCGGUGAUAUUGAUGUUAAAUCGAAUCGUUCAACAUCAUCGGUCGGUAGUACAUCGGUUGAAUCAUCACCUUCGACACCGGGAAUGAAUCGUAAAAAUGAUAACGAUGCCGAUGCUGCUUCGAAUGCUUCAUUUCUGUCUCAAGACGGUGACAUUUCAGACCCUACGACCACCGAAAAGUAUAUCGGUGAAUGGAAAAACGAUAAAAGAUCGGGAUUCGGAAUUUGUGAAAGAUCAGAUGGACUUCGAUAUGAAGGCGAAUGGUACAAUAACAAAAAGUACGGUUAUGGGGUGACCUUUUGUGAUGGAACUCGAGAGGAGGGUAAAUACAAGAACAAUUGUCUAGUCACAAACGCAAAAAAGAAACACCUCUUUGUGCUUCGAUCGGGUAAAUUGAAAGAAAGAAUCGAAUCUGCCGUUGCCGCUGCUCGUCAAGCUCAACAAAUCGCCCUUCAAAAAGCCGACAUUGCCAUAAGUCGAACUGCAACGGCUCGUGGUAAAGCUGAACAAUCAGAUGCUGUUGCGUCACAAUCGAGAAUCGAUUCAUCGAUUGCUGAUAAAAUAUCUAAACAAUAUGGCGGAUCUGAUGGAGCGAAUUUACAACAGCCCGAUGUUCCACUUCGUCGGCGAUUUUCUGAAUUUUCACAUUCUCGUCGUGGGACAAAUGCUCAUAUUGCUCAAGGUAUUGGAGGAGGUGGUGGUGUCGGUGGAUCUCGUCAAUAUCUUGAUCCAAAUGAGCCAUUUGGUGGUCGUCGAGGUUCAUUCCGCACUGGUCCUGGUUCGACAUCAACUGGACCUGGUCCUCAAACUAAUUAUAACAAUCAUCCAUUUAAUCAACAUCAACACCAACAUUCAAGCUCAAUUCAAUUCACCACUGGUUCAAACAAUCAAGGUGCCAAUGAAUUAAGUAAUCGUAUGAUACCUGGUGGGUCCCAUUUAAUGUCAUCUUCAUCACAUCAUCGUCCAUCUUUAUCACAACAACAACAACAACAACAAAAUUAUCAACAACAUUCUGUCCAACACCAACAACAACACCAUCCUCAUUUUCAUCCUCAUCAUCCUCAUCAUCAACACCGUUCCCAUGAACCCGAUCCAUUAAAUGAUCACCUUGAUCAUUACCAGAAAUUAGUUAAACGAUAUUCAAAUAGGAAAAGUAAACCCGAUCUACCGGAAAUACCAGUUGAUCGGGUUCGUUCAUCACAAUUAACUUCACAAUCAAAUCGACUCGAAUCACAAGUAGCUGCUUCGUUAGAUAAAGCUUAUGGCGGCGGCGGGGAAAACUCAACAAGUGACAAUCAGAAACUUCCACAAGUGAUUGACAUGUCAGCCGAUUCAGAUGUAAAUCGAACCCCGAAACGAACGUCGUCUUUAUAUCGACCUCCAACAUCUUCAGGUGGCGGAGGAGUAAAAAGAGGAGGAGGUAGCGGAGGAGGAAUUAGCGCCGGUGGUUUAAAAAGAAAACCCUCUCUUCAACCUGUAAACAAUAAAACGCCCAAAGAAACUGUUAUGAGUCGAGAAGAGGUCUCAGUCCUUUCGCAUGCGACUCGAUUACAACGACGACAAGAAGCAGAAAUGGCUGAAAGACUUGCUCAUAAUCCAUUACUUUAUCUGGUUAAUCCUCGUUUCAAGAAUUGGCUAAGUCGUCAACAGAUAAUCAUCUCAGUUUUAUUCAUCAAUACAAUUUUAGCAAUUAUAUUUUUUAAACUACUUUAUUUCUGAUGCGAUCGAAAUUAAAAUAAACUCAACCUUCACUCAAUCACACACAUACAUAAACACAUACACAUACCAUCACCAAAUCCACAAAACCAACCACUCCACCACCAUACAUGCCACAACCACAGUCACCAAAACAAUUACCACCACAACCACAACCACAACCACAACCACAACACCAACAACCAACCACCACCAACACCACCACAACCGCUAUAAACAACAACAACAAGAAACAAUUGUAACAACAUUAUAAUGAAAAGAAUGCUAAAUAAUGUUGGUGAUGAAGAUAAAUCAAUUUGUUUUUGAUUAAAUCAAAUGAGCGGUACUUUUGGUGAUUCUGUUGAUAUAAAUAAAUAUGUUUGUUAAUUGUGAGAAAGUUAACUAAUCAACAAUCAAACCAAAUGAUACGAAAUAACUUUUCACUUUGUAAACAAUUAGUUUCCUGAUUGUUAAUACAUUUAAAUGAAGCAUGAAAUUGGAGCCAAGAAAAUCCAAGAUCAAGUAUAAUAAUAACUACGAGCCAUAUUCACGAACCGAGAUUAAGUAUAAUUAAUUAAUAUCAAAUUGAAUUGAUUCAAUUCCUAAUUUUUUUAUUUCACAAAAUGUAAAUCAAAUCAAAUUUCGCAGCUUUUUUUUUGUUAGAUAUAUAAAUGUAAACAAUUAAUUUAA